AUGGACGAAAGACCUCCCAGACGUCCGCGAGCGAAGUCCGAAGCAGUAAGACGACUACGAGAUCCGACAGAAGCAGCCGCAUCACCAACUAGGAGCACUCCAGCAGCCGGUCGUGCGGAUUUCAUCUCGCCCACCAGACGCGCCUCUGGCCUCGAAGGCCCCGAAGCCUCAGGGAUAGCCAAUUCUGGUCUCCGGCGACGACGCAGCGGAGUACCAAGCCUCACAUCCCGCACCACACUGGCACAGCGAACACAGGGGAAAUUCACUUUAGCCGGUCCAGAGGAAACAGCUCAACUCAGACUCGCCCACGAACCAUUCGUCCAUCCCGGAUACACAGAGCUCAACCCUGCAUAUGAGCAGCCUGCAAACGCAAAGCCGGUAUGGAGUUUAGCGAAGCCCCUGCCGCGGGUGGUGCGGCCGGGCAUGGUUCCCACCAAGGAGGAGUUACUGGAGGCGCGGGCGAACGCGCAGUUGCCGGCGGAGAACUCGCAGAAGAUGGGGCUGGAGGUUGAUCCUAAUGAUCUUGAAGCUGGGCAGAUCGAGAAGACCGCGGAUCCGCGCAAGAUGGCGGCGCAGGUGGAGGAUGCGCGCGUGCAGCGGGAGAAUAACUUUGUGAAUAAGAUACUGACUGGGGAUGGGGGGUCAACCCGGCGGCUAUCGCGUACGUCGUCGGCUCGUAUGCGGCGUCCAUCAUAUGUGGAGGGCGCGGUGGACCAGUUAUCGACCUUACAGGAAGGUGAGCAUCCGGCGGAGACGCAGCAGCCUGAAGUCCCCGGCCAGCCGCAGUCUCCCCAGCCGCAGCAGGAUCUCACUGCUGAGGCUCUGCAGCCCGUACCCGAGGAGCUCGAGCAUCAUCUAGACGAGCAUGAGCACGACCAGGAAUACGAGGACGAGCACGAGGACAAGGAUGAUAUGGCCGACUUUCCUACGCUCGACCACGCGGCUUACCCGGAGGACCUGCAUCCCCUCGUCCAGGAGCUUGUCGAGGAGGAAGUGCACAACAACCACACAACCUGGUCCGUCAUCCGCACGCACCACCGCGAGGAGCUCGCCGAGGCCCUGGCUGUCUUCGUCCAGCUCACCGUCGGCCUGUCCGCGGAUCUGUCCGUCACACUAACCGGCGCAGGGAACCCCAACACCACAGCGUGGGCGUGGGGAUUCGCUGCCAUGAUGGCCAUCUACAUUUCCGGUGGUGUGUCGGGCGCGCACCUCAACCCAACCAUCACGGUCAUGCUAUGGUUCUACCGCGGAUUCCCCAAACGGAAGAUGCCGGCUUACUUCGCGGCGCAGUACCUCGGCGCGUUCAUCGCCGCGCUGUCAGUGUACGGGCUGUACUACCACUCCAUCCAGCAAUACCUAUCCACCAACACACCAACCGACAUCAUCAACAGCUUCAUCACUAGCCAGCGGCAAACAUGGAUCGGGCCUGCGACAGCGUUCUUCAACGAGUUCAUCGGAACGGUCUGUCUCACUGUAACGGUCCUAGCACUGGGCGACGACCAGAACGCUCCCCCCGGAGCCGGCAUGAACUCGCUCAUCAUCGGCCUCGUCGUUGCGUGUCUCAGCAUGACAUUCUCGUAUCAGACAGGCGCGGCAUUCAACCCCAGCCGCGACUUUGGGCCGCGGUUGGCACUGCUGGCGCUGGGGUACGGGAGUGAGCUGUUCACGAAUCCGUAUUGGUUCUAUGGGCCGUGGGCGGGAUCCUUGGCCGGGUCACUCUUUGGAGCGUUUCUGUACGAUUUCAUGAUCUUUACGGGAGGAGAAAGUCCUGUCAACUAUCCUCUCUCCAGAACGCAGAGGGCGAUGCGAAAGAGUAGGGCGAAGUGGAAGAGGAGGCUGCAUUUGGGGAGGGAGAAGACCGUUGUUCAGUAG